GCUUAUUUCAUUAUACUGCGUGAAGGGCUGUAGAUUUCCGUGUUCAACACAUCCGUUGGUUUAACAAACGCGGUUUGACUGUCCGUCGUCGUGCAGCAUUUCAUUAUGUACUGUGUAUUAGGUAGCUACAUUGUGGACAAAAUGCUGGGUGUUGAUUAUUUUAUCAGCUUUUAUUUUGUUUCAUUUUGUUUCACAGCCGUGAGGAGCAACGCACAAGUCUUAUGAAGAUAAGGAACUCCCUAAGAAAGUUGGGCAAUAGUAAUCCGUGACUUAUAAACGUGUUGUCAGAACGAAUUUCACUUGUGAGACGGUGCUGAUCAGCUGUGUUUCACUUCACCUGGAGUAACCCUCACGUUUUUUUUUUAUUUUAUAUUUCGUGUUUCUCAUUAAACAUCAACGAUGAACAACUUGUGGAACAAGUUCUGCUGUUGUUCGCUACAAACCGGUGCCAAGCUGGUUGGCACCUUCUCUUUGUUCAGUGGUAUUGCAGGAUUUAUUAAGGCGGUAAUGACACUUUCAAGUGGAAAAUCCAAUGACGACAAUAUGGACGAUAGUAGUACAGAAGAUACAACAGAUACCGGCACGCCGUUAUAUUCAAUCCUGUUAAUAAUCAGCUCUCUUAUAACGAUAUUUGUUUCCAUUUUGGUUGUGAUCGCCGCCUGGAAGAAUCGCAAACACAGGUUCCUUUUGCCUUGGCUGAUUUUGAAUCCCUUGUCGGCGCUUACAGGAAUCGGCUUUACGUUCUACUCCGCCAUCUUACAUUGGAUUGAACAAGAGAUAGCCAUGGGGAUAGGUUACGCUGCUGCGAGUGUUAUUAUAGCAGGUAGCCUACUAUAAACAUAAUUUGUUAAAUUUGACUUGCAAUUUCCUGACGCCAAAUUGCAUCCGUUUUUAAUUUUUCGUUGCU